AUGGAUAUUCUUCGGUGCCUCGCCCGGUUCCUCGACCGGCCCAGCUUCCCAUGGAAGCGACUCAUCAUGGGCUUCUCGGUCGGUCAAUAUCUCUUCGAAGGCUUCCUUUCCUUCCGCCAGUACCAGUACCUCAAGGCGCCCGCAGCUCCCAAAGUGCUCCAACACGAGGUCUCGCAGGAGGUGUUUGACAAAAGCCAGGCGUACGGCCGGGCCAAGGCUAAGUUUGGCUUCUACGACGGCAUCUGGAACCAGAUGCAAAACCUGGCUUUUUUCCAGUUUGAUCUCCUGCCGAAGCUCUGGUCCUGGUCUGGCAAGCUGCUGCUGCGCUGGGCGCCAGUGGCUUUCAGCGGCGAGAUAUCGCACUCCAUCGUCUUUGUUCUCUCGACCAUUCUGCUCAACCAAAUCCUGUCGCUGCCCAGCUCCGUCUACCACACCUUUGUGCUCGAAGCCAAGUUUGGCUUCAACAAGCAGACGCCCCAGCUCUUCAUCACAGACCUAAUCAAGACACAGCUGCUCACCUUCACCAUGGUGCCGCCCAUUCUGGCUGCCUUCACGGCCAUCGUUCGGCGCUCGGGCGACGGAUUCUUCUACUACCUCUGGCUCUUCGGUGCCGGCCUGCAGGUGUUCAUGAUUACCAUCUACCCCAUCGUCAUCCUGCCGCUGUUCAAUAAGCUGUCGCCGCUGGAGGAGGGCCAGCUCAAGACCGAUGUCGAGGACCUGGCCAAGAAGCUGACGUUCCCCCUGCACGAGCUCUAUGUCAUCGACGGCAGCCGCCGCAGCGCCCACAGCAACGCCUACUUUUUCGGCCUUCCCUGGAAGAAGCACAUUGUCAUCUACGACACGCUGAUCGCGAAGAGCGAGACUCAGGAGGUCGUCGCCGUGCUGGCCCACGAGCUGGGCCAUUGGAGCCUCGGCCACACCACCCGACUGUUUGCAAUUUCCCAGGCUCACUUCUUCUACAUCUUUGCCCUCUUUUCCGUCUUCAUCAACAACAAGAGCCUGUACGCCGACUUUGGCUUUUUUAACGAGCGGCCCAUGAUCAUCGGCUUCCUGCUGUUCUCGGACGCGCUGGCACCUAUGGACAUGGUUAUCAAGCUACUGAUGAACGUCCUGAGCCGGCGCUACGAGUUCCAGGCAGACGCGUUCGCGCGGGGUCUGGGCUAUUCGGAAGACCUGGCACGCUCGCUGAUCAAGCUGCAGAUCCAGAACCUAAGCACCAUGGAUGCCGACUGGAUGUACGCCAACUACCACUUUUCGCACCCCAUCCUGACAGAGCGGCUCAAGGCAAUUGACUGGCAUCCGACGGGGAAAAUCGUGAGCGAGGAGGCGACCAAGGAGGCGACCAAGGAGGACGCUUCGACGGCAAAGGCAACAGGCCGCGAUGAGCUGGUCGGAGCCCAAUUUGCCGUCAUGAACGUCUCGCUUGCGCGGCCAACCGUCUUUGGCGCGACCAUGCGCUUGACAGCCUCGAUGGCCAACCCCUUCCUCUCGUCCUCCUCUCCCACAGCCGGCAUUCUCGCCCAGAGACUACCGCUGGCAGGUGCUUCCAGAAGCGCAGCGCAGAGCCAGAUGCGGUCCUUUUCCGUGCUGCCACAGUUGCGGCCUACAAUGAUGUCUGGCUAUGCUGUCUUCCGGCUGGCAUCAGCACCGUCUGCCCUCACGCCAUUUUCCCCCUCCGCCUCUUCCUCCGUCUCGGCCACCCUCGACCUCGUCGCCCCCACCUCCAUCUCCCGGCACCCAGCACUCGCCGGCUUUGGCAGCCAGCUCCGUUGUGGUCCGCGCGCAACAAUGGAGCGGACCAGCCGGCUGAUCCAGAAGCGGCGUCAUGGCUUCUUGAGCCGCAUCCGCACCAAGAACGGCCGCAAGACGCUGCAGCGUCGGCGAGCCAAGGGCCGCAAGCGGCUGUCCUACUGA